UCCAUGGAAACCGAGAUUGAGUCUUUUAGACUCAAAUUCAGAGUUUCACCCUUUUACUUAUUCUGAAAACAAGUGGUUUUCUGAAACAUGACAACCUUGCUGAUUGAAUUUACAAUCUUCCAAGACGCUACCUCUUAGAAUAGGUAUUAGAAUAUUCUUUUAUUGACAAAAAAUAACCAUUUUAGUUUCAUAAUUUCAGCAAGAGAGAACUUUGGUCUGUAACUUUUAAACACUCGUCACAAAAAGUGAUUUUGAUUACAAGAUGAUGGCGAAUUUUCCAGCUAUGCUUUCUUUGAGGCACUUGCUAGUUUUAUCUCUAGCUUUGAAUGUUAGCUUGAUUCUUAGAAUGGUGUAUGAAGGUGAUGAUCAACAAGGAAGCAAUAACCAAAACAUGGGAAGGAUUAUUCAAAAAUCACGUUUGGUUAUACCCUCUACAAUUUCUGCUAAUUCUACUCGUAAAGAUCAUGCUGGAGUUAUGGAUAAAAUAAUUAACCUAGACCAUGGCGACCCAACAAUGUACGAACGUUAUUGGCGACAAAUGGGAGACAAGACCACAAUAAUAAUACCAGGAUGGCAAUCUAUGAGUUAUUUUUCUGAUCCAACAAGCAUUUGUUGGUUUCUUGAGCCAGAAUUUUCAAAGGAAGUAGUGAGGUUACAUAAUGUGGUUGGAAAUGCAGUAACACAAGGUCGACACGUUGUUGUUGGAACAGGUUCAUCUCAGUUAAUUCUUGCUGCUCUUUAUGCUCUCUCUUCCCCUCAUGCUACUGAACCUAUCAGCGUUGUAUCUGCCGUACCUUAUUACUCGUCCUAUCCAUCAAUGGCAGAUUUCCAGAAAUCAGGACUAUACAAAUGGGCUGGAGAUGCAGAGAGUUUUAACAAAGAUGGUCCUUACAUUGAGCUGGUUACUUCUCCUAAUAAUCCUGAUGGAUAUACAAGGAAAUCAGUAGUGAACCGAAACCAAGGACUAUUAAUCCAUGACCUUGCCUAUUAUUGGCCACAAUACACUCCAAUACUAUUUGCUUCAGAUUAUGAUCUUACUCUUUUCACUGUCUCAAAAAGCACCGGUCACGCUGGAACGCGCAUAGGGUGGGCUCUUGUCAAAGAUCCUGAGGUAGCAAAGAAAAUGACUAAAUUCAUAGAGCUGAAUACAAUUGGUGUCUCCAAGGAUUCUCAACUCAGAGCUGCCAAGGUUUUGAAAGCAGUGUCUGACAGCUGCGAAGAAGAAUAUUCUCAAGGUGGAGAAGAAUCAUUUUUCAAGUACAGCUACAAGGCCCUGGAGCAAAGGUGGAAGCUACUGAGAGUAGCAGUUGAUAGUGGUGGUUUAUUCAGUUUGCCCAAAUUUUCUUCUGCAUUCUGCACCUUUCUCAAUCAAGAGUCGGAGAUUCAACCAGCUUUUGCUUGGUUAAAGUGUGAAGGGGAUAUAGAGGACUGCGGCAGUUUCCUUCGAGGACACAAGAUUUUGACUAGAAGUGGUGAACAAUUUGGGGCGAGCCCAAAAUAUGUAAGAAUUAGCAUGUUGGAUACAGAUGAACAUUUUAUGCAGUUGAUAUAUAGGUUAACUACUAUACAGAAGUGAAAAUGGAAAUUUGUUAUUGACAAUGUAUUUAUAAUAAAUAAAUAAUGAUAAUUCCGAUAUAAGUAUAA